AUGCACGCGUUGAUUCCGCCACUGCGGCUCAUGAUCACACCUAAUAUCCACAAGCCACAAGGCUCUGGGGCCACGCUGCCGUACAGUGCAGAGAAGGAGAGGGCCACCAGCGGACUGUACUAUGAGGGGAUCAAGCAGAUCAAGUCGAGCAUAGGCAACAGCGAUGAGGCUAUGCAGGAAGAUCUGUGGGCGUGGAAAGUGAAGACCUUGGCGGCGGAUGAUCAAGAGAGGCGUCGGUUUGACAUUGUUGCAUGA